AUGCCUCCACCACAGGACCACGCCCGCGUCGUCCUGCUGAUCGUCCUGCUCCUCUGGCUGACCUCGGCCCCCGACGCCGGCCCCGGCAUAGUAGCCGCACCCGCCAUCCUCGCCUCCCGCCUCGAGCGCCAGCGCGCUGCCCACCGAGUCCUCAACAGCACAAAGUGGGGUGACUUUUCACCGACCACCCCGGCCGACGGCGGCGCCAAAAAGUACCUGAACGUCACCGGUUUCCGCGAAGAGGACGGCUACGCAUGGGCGGACCUGGGCCACUUCAGGGAAAGGUGUCUCGAGUGGAGCCGCAGCGCGUUCCCUGCAGUCGUCGGCAGCGACGCGGGCGACGGCAGCUGGGACCUGGGGCGGGCGCGGCCGACAUGGCGCAAUGCGACGGGCAUAGUGCACGGGGAGUGGGUGCGGCGCGAGGGGUCCGAGAAGCGGAAGAGCCGCGACUACAACCUGACGCAGAUGGCGCCCACAAUACUCUGGACGGGGCACGAGUUUAACAGGAACAUCACGGGCGCCGAGGGCAAGAUGCUCCUGCGGGUGGAGGACAAGCACAGAUCGGUGCAGGUGCAGGACGAUGGCGCGGGUGCAGGCGGGGACCAAGCCAGCACGGGCGGCCUGGUCAGGGAGGUUUCGGCGCUGGCCAGCAUCGAAGACGUCCUGGGCACGGGGAGCACCUUUGACGUGCGGCUACACGGCGUCCACUGGCCGGAGCAGGGCGCCAUGCUGCUCACGACAACGAGCGACAAGUUCGGCGGCAUCUUCGGCCUGCCGCACCUGACCCCGGGCCCCAACUUCUUCCGCUCGAGCCAGAAGCUGCUCAACGAGACGACGGGUGAGGUGCUGUUGCGCAAGGAGAAGGCCCGGUUCGGCGACUUGAGCAACCCCUGGAGCUCGUACCCAAACAUGCCGCACGAGACGUGGAAUCCGUCGCCCCACUGCGAGCUGGUCAUGUUCGUCCAGGUGCACCCCCUCGAGACGGACCCGCUCGCCGCCAUGGUGGGCUUGAUCGAGGACGAGCUGAGGUUCCCGACGGGAGCGCCGGUGCCCGCGACGCCCGAUCUCAAGAUGUCGACCGUCAUCUACUCCCCCGACUGCGCCUUCUUUCUCGAGUCCAAGGGUCCGCCCGACUUCACGCCCGCCGACGGGAAGCACCUGGUGGGGAUGAAGGACGAGGUCUACGCGCACUCGGCAAAGCUGUGGCUCGUCACCUUGGCGGCCGUCAUGUUUGCUCAGGUCCACCUGCUCAAGACGCAAAUGCGUGAGUCGUCGACGCCGUCGACGCUGGGGCGUGUGAGCUUCUGGACCGCCGGAAUCAUGGUGCUGGCCGACGGCAUCGUCUUCGGAGCCGCCUCGUUCUGGAGCCUGUCGGCCUCGGCGACGCUUCUGCCGUCCCUCCUGCUGACCUUUGCGGGGUUCAUCAGUAUGACUAUUGGCGGUAGCUUCUUGUACGAGGUCUACAAGGUGCAGGAGCCAGAGCGGAGAAACCGCGAGAGGGAACAGACGGCUGCCAACACUGCUCCUACGGCCCGGGAAGCAGCGGCCCGGGCCGCGACAGCUCGAGCGGCGGCGGCGGCGGCGGCAGCGGUAGUGGCGGCCCCUGUACCGGUAGUUGAAACGCCUACUCCACGGCCGCCAUCGCCGCCGAUUAUCAUACCAUCCGAUCAGGAUAUCGAUGCUGAAAUCUUCGAGAUGGAGAACGCAGGACCAAAUGCCAGCCUCCUGCCUACUACAGCUCCCGGUUCAAACACCACGGGAGGCGUCAAUACAGCGACAAGCCAGCAGCAGCCCACACCGUUUUCCGCUAUUCUAGGGCGGUUCGUGCUGUUUGGCCUGAUGCUACUGUUUCUGUCGCUUGCAGCAACCUCAUGGUGGGCAUGGGCACGGUCUGCCUAUGCCAAUAUGCUGUCUUUUGCGUACCUCUCGCUUUGGGUGCCACAGAUAGCACGCAACGUGGCGCGCAACUCUCGUCGGGCCUUUGCCUGGCGUUUCACCAUCGGGCAGUCGGCUCUACGGCUGUUACCCGUGGCUUACUUCUACCUCCGCGAACGUAACAUAGCGUUUGCGCGACCCGACUGGAACGCAUUUCUAAUACUCGCCGGUUGGCUGUGGUGCCAGAUAUGGGUUCUCGGGUUCCAGGACGUGCUAGGACCGCGCUUCGGGGUGCCCAAGGGAUGGGCGCCCGAGGCAUGGGACUACCACCCGAUCCUGCGCGAGGACAACCUCGAGGCCGGCGGCCUGCCAAUGGGCCUCAUGGGAAGCGGCGGCGGCUCGGCAUCGGAGCCGGGCAGCCCCGUGGCCGGGCGGAGGCGCUCGUCGGUCGGGGGAGGGGACAAGGACAAGGACGGCGGCAGCAAGCACACGCGCAUGCGGGGCGUCGACUGCGCCAUCUGCCGUGAGGUGCUCGAGGUCCCCGUCAUCCGGGCGGGGCACUCGGACCCGGCGGCCGGCGGGGUCGCGGGCGUGCUCGCGCGCAGGCAGUACAUGGUCACGCCCUGCCGGCACAUCUUCCACAGCGAGUGCCUCGAGGGCUGGCUGCGCUUCAGGCUGCAGUGCCCCAUCUGCCGGGAAGACCUGCCGCCGCUAUGA